AAGGACGCUCCCUUGAGUUCUUCUGCCGCGUGUUUGGCGACGGUCCCUAAGCUCGCGCAGCGCUGAAUCUGAUCCACAGAUCUGUAGCAGUGUGUCACAGUGUCACUGUUUUACCGGGGAAAGGGAUACACUCGCCUUUCACAUUCAGGCGUACUACAGCCACCGGCAAUGCUAUGCAACAUUUUUAACUGAAAGACGGAAUAACAGUAAAAAUGACGGUGGAUUUUGAGGAAUGUAUUAAAGAUUCACCCCGAUUCAGGGCGAAUAUCGAUGAAGUUGAGACUGAUGUUGUGGAAAUAGAAGCCAAGCUGGAUAAGCUGGUGAAGCUAUGCAGCGGGAUGAUCGAAGCGGGUCGUGUGUACAUCAGUGCCAAUAAACUCUUCGUCAACGGCAUUCGAGACCUGUCUCACCACUGCAAAAAGGAGGAGAUGAUCUCUGAAUGUCUUGAAAAGUGUGGCGAGAGCCUUCAGGAAAUUGUUAACUAUCACAUGAUCCUGUUCGACCAGGCACAGAGGUCCGUAAAGCAACAGUUGCACAAUUUUGUGAAGGAGGAUGUUCGGAAGUUUAAAGAGACGAAGAAGCAGUUUGAUAAGGUGCGGGAGGAUAUGGAGAUCGCACAGGUGAAGAACGCACAGGCACCACGCAACAAACCGCAUGAGGUGGAGGAGGCCACCAGCACCCUCAUCACCACCCGGAAGUGCUUCCGACACCUCGCCCUGGACUACGUGUUACAGAUCAAUGUUCUUCAGGCCAAAAAGAAAUUUGAAAUUUUGGAUUCGAUGCUGUCGUUCAUGCAGGCUCAGUACAGUCUCUUCCAGCAGGGCUUCAACCUCUUGGACGAGAUCGACCCCUACAUGAAGAAGCUGGCUGCUGAGUUGGAUCAGCUGGUCAUAGACUCAGCUAUGGAGAAGAGAGAGAUGGAGCACAAACACGCCACCAUACAGCAACGAACUUUGAUGCAGGAUUUUGCAUACGAUGACUCCAAAGUGGAAUUCAAUGUUGAUGCUCCUAAUGGUGUGGUGAUGGAGGGCUACCUUUUCAAGAGGGCGAGCAAUGCUUUCAAGACGUGGAACAGGCGAUGGUUUUCAAUACAGAACAGUCAAUUAGUGUAUCAGAAACGACUAAAAGAUGCUUUGACUGUGGUUGUUGAGGACCUGAGGCUUUGCUCUGUGAAACCAUGUGAGGACAUUGAGAGAAGGUUCUGUUUUGAAGUGGUGUCACCUACAAAGAGCUGUAUGCUGCAGGCUGAAUCUGAGAAGCUCCGUCAAGCUUGGAUUCAAGCAGUUCAGGCGAGCAUUGCUUCUGCCUACAGGGAAAUUUCUGAGAACUAUUACAUUGAGCGUUUGGACAGGACAGCGUCUCCCUCCACGAGCAGUAUCGACUCUGCCAGCGAGCCGCGGGAGCGUAUUGUUAGGGGAGAAAGUAUCCUACAGCGGGUCCAGUCUCUGCCAGGAAACGAGAUCUGCUGCGACUGUGGCCAGGCCGACCCUCGCUGGGCCAGCAUCAACCUCGGCAUUCUGCUCUGCAUCGAGUGUUCUGGCAUUCACAGGAGUUUGGGCGUCCAUUGCUCUAAAGUUCGCUCUUUAACACUCGACACAUGGGAGCCAGAGCUUAUGAAGUUAAUGUGUGAGCUUGGCAACACCGUAAUCAACCAGAUUUAUGAAGGUGCGUGUGAGGAACAGAGACUUAAGAAACCUGGUCCCAGCAGCUCAAGGCAGGAGAAAGAAUCGUGGAUCAAAGCGAAAUAUGUGGAGAGGAAGUUUCUGAAGAAGAUGUGUGGCUCCGAGGCUCUGGUGGAGGGGAGCAGAAAAUCACAUCACUGGAGCGUGAAGAAGUGCAGGAGACACAACAGCUCCAUCAGAGCCCCUAAAACCCGCCGGAAAUACAGGCACGACGCCGGGAUCAUGUCGCCAGCCAAUCUCUCUGCUGCUGCAGCAGCCGCGAAGUUUCGGAGAGAAUCCUUGUUUUGUCCCGACGAGCUUGAUUCACUCUUCUCUUACUUCGACACAGGCUCAGGGCCUCGCAGUCUCAGCAGUGAUAGCGGGCUCGGCGGCAGUACUGACGGCAGCACGGACAUACUCGUUUUUGGCUCAGUGGUGGACCGAGUCACUGAGGAAGAGUGUGAGGACUCGGAUGAGUCCAGCGGGGAGGUUGAUAUCGAGCAGGAAGCGUCGGAUCCAGAGGACGGACGGGAGCUUGACCCGAAUGCGCUGCUUCAUAAGGCGUCACAUGCCAGGAACCUACCGGUCAUGGCAGAGGCGCUCGCACACGGUGCAGAUGUCAACUCUGUCAGUGAGGAGGACCAAAGCAAGAGUCCAUUAAUACAAGCCGUCGCAGGGGGCUCUCUGAUAGCCUGUGAGUUCCUGCUGCAGAAUGGAGCAGAUGUCAAUCAGAGGGACAUACGAGGACGGGCACCUCUGCACCACGCCACGUGUCUGGGUCACACGGGACAGGUGUGUUUGUUCCUGAAGCGAGGGGCCUCUCAGGUGGAGGUCGAUGAGGACGGGCAGGACCCUCUUAGUAUCGCUGUUCAGGCUGCCAACGCGGACAUCGUCACACUAUUGCGGUUAGCCCGGAUGAACGAGGAGAUGCGAGAAGCAGACGGGCCCUUCGGACAGCCAGGUCAAUACCCCAGCAGCAGUCCCACAGAGCAGCAGUAUAGAAAGUGUAUUCAGGAGUUUAUCUGCCUCACCAUUGACGAAUGCUAGGGGGCGCUCUUGAGCGCUGACAGACUAUGAGGAGAAUACCUACUAAGUUUGUAGCCCUUAACAGGAAUAGCUUUAGCAAGGAUCGAGUGCUAUCUUCAACCUCCUCCCCACCUGACCGAUUAGUUUACACGUUGUGUUCGUAUGUAUGUAUGUGGUUAACACAAAAUAUUGAAAUGGAAUGGCUAUUUACAGUAUGCGACGGCUAGAACGCCGCUGUUUUGAAUUGUGUAUCAUUCAAACGUGACGUUAAAUGCGAUUAGUUAAUGGCCUAAUCUAAUUUGUUUCAACAAAUUUGAAUUCAUUAGCAAUUCAAAACAGCAUUUCCGAGUGUUAUUGAGUCAUUAUGUGUAAAAUAUGACUGUGCGCACUUUUCCUACCGACAGUAUUUUUUUUUUACGACUGACUUCUUUUCUUUUUAUAUGUUAUUUUGCCUCAUGUAAAUGUUGUUUGUUGUGCUUUUUAUUUAUGUUCCGUCCUGAGGAUUAGUGCAAUGAUAACUGGAAUACAGAAAUCUGUAUUCGUGUACAUUUUCUCGUUUAGUAAAGAAAACAAGGCCUUUAUGUUUAGCUAACUAGGCUUUUUUUGUCUUUUACAUUUCAAAAACACAUCGGACUCCCUUCAUAUGCUAAUAAAACGGGUGUUUUGACCCCUUUAAAGUUUUAAAGAGAUGUCAGCUAUUCGAAAUAAUUUAUAGAACUUAUAGCAGCCGUUUGUUUUAUAUAUUUGUACUUGUAUUGCCAAGCUCCCAAAUGACUGUCAUGUGAUUUUUAAUGAGAAAUGCUUGUCUAGAGCAGUCUGUCUAUAGAAGCAGUCAGCAUUUGCAUGCGUUUAAUCGCUCGCACACCAAGGCAACGUGCCUGUCUGCAUUAGCAAGCAUGGUUCCUUAUUUUAGCCACCUGAUUCUGUCAGUAUGUAAAAAUGCAUGACCGCAGAAGACAUCUGCUCCGUGUUGUCAAUUUUUUUGCCCAUGUUUGGUUCAGAUGAUCCCUUUUCAAAGAGUAAGCCAUCAGAAUCCUGUCUCCCUUUCUAAUCCCUGAUAAAAAAUAUAUAUAUAUGCAUCCGAAUAUGCUUACUUCCAUACUUUAUAGUAGGCAAAAAAAAUGUAUGUGAGCCAAGUAGUAUGUCCGAAUUCGUAGUAUUCCUAAAACAGUACCCAGAUGACGUCCUAGUAACAGUGAGAUUCUGAAGUGCGCAUCUGAUGGAUACUUUACUAUCCCAUGAGGCCAUGGGAGAGGAUGACAGUGAAGCGACGCAACUGACAUCGCAGGUCACGUGGCCGAUGUAGUACGUCCAAAUUUCAUUCAUACUACACACACGCAUACUUUUUUUAACGUGAAGCAGAUUUCAAACCAAAUGUAGUAGGCUACCUGUUUGAUUUCAGAUGCAGCACUUUUCUUCAGCAGUUAGCACUAUGCCAAGCUAGUAGGCUAAGCUGUUAGCUUGCUAACUAAAGGCUAACAGAAAACAGAGAAAGGGAAUUAAUAUGACAGUUUUUUUUAGCUUCAAUAAUAAAAUAUACAAAUUAAAAGGUAUUAAUUAACCUUUUAAUGAUUAAGACAGUAAAGGAUUUCUAACCACGCAAUGAAUAAAGUACACAUAACAAGUUUUCUCAGCUAAAGGAAUAACUUUGUGGAGUAAGGGGGAUAGGAUUCUAUGUGACACCGGCAUUUGUGGGUGGAUUUUUGCAAGUAAAGAUGAAACAUGUAAAAAUACUAUGUAAAUAAUAAUAUUGGCAGUUUCGAACCAAACACUCUACCAGUCUGCAAUUGGUCAACAAACAAAUAGACCCGCCCCCAAACUCAUGCCAUUGGUUGAGCCACCGUUACUAUGUCAGACUGGUCGGAUGCUCGAACAGAGCAUUGUUUUGAUAGACAAACUAAUAGAGUGUCUGCGCUUUUUGGCGAAUUCAAAAUGGUUUACUUAGUUUCUUCAUAUUUAAGCUGACAGAAAAAAAAUAUUCAAAUACUGAAAACAAAAUUAUACACUUCACCUUUAAAUAGUGCUGUCAAACGAUUAAUCGCGAUUAAUCACAUCCAAAAAAAAAAAGUUUUUGUUUACGUAAUAUAUGUAUGUGUACUGUGUUUAUUUGUGUAUAUAUAAAUACACACACACACAGUAUAUAUAUUUAGAAAAUAUUUACAUGUAUAUACAUUUAUAUAUUUAUAUUAUAUAUAAAUAUAUUUAAUAUAUAAACAUAACUAUUUUUUUCUUAAAUGUAUACAUGCAUGUGUUUGUAUUUAUAUAUACAUAAUAAAUAUACACAGUACACACACAUAUUAUGUGAACAAAAACUUUUAUUUUGGAUGUGAUUAAUCGUUUGACAGCACUACCUUUAAAUCAGUGCAAAUUUUCAUCUCAUUAAAAAUUUGCUUUGAGAACGGAAAGUGUCAUUUUGUUUUACAGAAACAUUCGGUGGGCUGGAAUUUCGUUUUUAAUAUCUGAAAAUAGAGACAGUGUAUAGAAUAGAUACUUGCCAUCAAGGGACCAGUUCAGUCGUUGUGUCUGGAUGUGUUUUAAACAAAGUUGAACUGAAAAAUGCUUCUUAACUACUGUGCUGUGAAUAUGCUUUGAUCUUUGAACUGUUCUCGACUGCUUGCUCUCUCGCUGUGGUUCUUGCGUUCAGAUCUUUAACUCGUUUUCUCUUGCAACAUUCGGUACAAUCUGUUUUCACACUGUUAGAUGACAUUCUGUGUUUGGAGACAUUCUUGUAUUGUUUGUACAAUUGUUUGUUAUUGUUUGUACGACAGAAAUCUAAAAAGAAGCUUGUCUUUUGAAACACUGACAAACAAUAAAACAGACAAAGUCUUGAGCUCAUUUUUCUGCUCUGCUCUUUUCUCUCUUACGACACGCUCUGCAUCAGUCUGCGGUUCCUUACCAACAGCUGUGUUUGUUUAAGGAAUUACGAAGGCUUUUGCAGACAGUGAAGUGUGGGGGUGGGGUUUUUUCACCCAUAAUGCAGUUGAUUUCUGUGUUUUUAUUGUCAUUUAUAUUGUGAUGGUAACAUUGUCU